UAUACGCAAGGGCUAGGAAUGGAGAAGACGCUCGUGUGUGUGUUUUUCGCUGCAACGGAGAGUUCAUCUGAAGCUUUUGACUCUUCUUGGAGUUCAGGAAAACCAGUGGUCAAGCCGAUCAUCGCCUCAUCAACACUGUUUUGGGGGUGAGGGCUGUAAUUCUCCUUGCACUUCCGCUUCAUGUGUGUGAUGAUGGGGAGAACCUUCUGCAGACAAUGGUACCCAGGCUCAUUCUGUGAAGGGUCCAAAAUUGUCGCCCUGCAUGAUUCUCUCUCAGUUUC